AUGGCGUUCCCCGAAGACUUGCAACGAGCCUCAGUGAUCGCUUCUUGUGCAAAUCCGUUGCCUGACAACAUUAUUAGCCAAUACGGCAAACGGAUUAUCAGACAUUCCGACCAUCAUGUCGUCAAAUGGGGCCCAGAUGUGACAAAAGAAGAAUAUGAAAAUCAAAGGAUAGCAUAUGAACUUGUGGACAACCGCAUAGCUCGUGUCCCACGUGUGUAUGAUUUCUUCCUUGAUGUACGAGGCUGGGGCUAUAUCGUGAUGGAGUUUAUAGAAGGGAAAAUCAUCGAUCCUUUGGAUGAUGCUAGCGUUAUUCAGAGGGUUGCUAGCGUGCUUGACCAUUUCGAUAUAAUAUUCCUGGGUGCUUGUCGCGGCCUUAUAUUUCCCGAAACCGAUGACUUGGUUUUCGACAGUCUUGACAGAAUGGAGAAAUGGUUUAAUAGCCGGCUAUUUGCGCACAACCCGAUCUUGGCUUUACAGGGCUGUGAGCUCGUACUCUGUCAUCUGGAUAUAGCACCUCGGAACAUCUUAUGGCCGGAAGACGGAUCUCUCUGUCUUCUUGAUUGGGCUUCUGCCGGCUUCUAUCCAAGAUUGUUUGAGUUCUGCGUGCAGUGGAUAGUUGAUAGAAAAGAUGGAGAUUUCAAUUCCCUCCUCUUGCAGUUGGUGAAGCCUUUGUCAGAUUAUGAAAUGGCGCAGAAAGACGCCAUUCUAUGUGCGUGGAGAAAUAUCCAAAAGUAUCCAUUCCAAAAUACAGAGUCAAUGUCACGCCAAAGAUUGUCGAGACAUACAACAGAUCUUCCCCCCGUUCCCGCUCAUCCAAUGCCAGAAUACCCACUUGAAUGGUGCAAACAGGCUGAGCGUGAAUGCUCUAUACCGACGAGAUCCACCAUUGUUGCUCCUCAAACGUCGGUUGCAGAAGAUUGA